UCAAGCGGUAUGUGUAGGAAUAAUAUUCUGUCCGCCACAAAGUUGACAAGUGGAUACAGAUCAGGUCAGGAUGUUUCCAAGCCACUGAGUAGUGCGUCAGGCGAAGGAAAAUGUAGCCAUGGUUCCAGUGAUGACGAUUCCAGACACAGUACAGCGACUGGUGGGAUCUACAAAGGAAGGUCGUCUUCUGCGCAUGCUCCGCACUAUCACUUGCAUCUUCAAGCAUUUGAAGCUGCAAAGCAAGCAUCUGUUUAUUUUUUGACCGAUGAAGAUAAUGGAUUGAUGAACGUUCUUGGUUUUGAUCUCUUCAAGGAAGUGCUUAGUAUUAAAACCAAACAGGAGAAUUCUGCUAUCAAGUCUCGUUCUAUCACAUUUGUUAUUGACGUCACUGGUUCCAUGGGGAAUAAUAUUGCCAGUGUGAGAGAAGCUACGACGAAAUAUGUGGAGCUUAUACGAACGUCAGAAAAUGUACCCGAAAAAUAUAUCCUUGUGACCUUCAGCGACCCAGUUACUUUAGAAACUGCACGAGAAACAACCAGCGCUGAUGAGAUGAUCAAAUGGUUGACGGAUCUACGUGUGGAUGGAGGUGGAGACUGUCCUGAAUAUGCUUUAUCUGGUUUACUGACUGGGGCCACUAUGUCUAAUAAUAAAUCCGCUGUAUACAUUAUUACUGAUGCACCUGCAAAAGACGAAAACAGAGAAACAGAAGUGAUAUCAAUUUUACAGAGGAAAAACUUAACUCCAAAAUUUCUGAUAACACCUGAGUGUUCUGCAAGAAAGAAGCGUCAUGCAGGUCGACACAAGCGCUCAUCUUCCGUGUAUGAUCGGAUAGCUCAGGCCACGGGUGGGAGUGUUAACAGAGUACAGACCUCUGAACUACAGGCUGUUGUGGAAGCAGAUCUCACGGGGGAUAUUCCCUCCUCUGUUGCUUUGAUCAAAUGGACAACUAUGCAAGCCAGUGAUCCAGGUGUCUUCAACAUUGAAGUAGAUAGAUCCGUUAUUUACUUGACUAUUUUUAUUUCUGGUUUGAAGAACACAACUGAUCUGAUUCUAAAAUACCCUAAUGGUGAGUGUUAA